AAACUAAAAAAAAAAAAAUUACAAAGUCUCUUUUUAGUACCAUUAUCAUUUUCAGCAUCAUCGUCGACACCUAAAUUACCCGACCUUUCUCUCAUUAUCGUUCUUCACACCUCAAUAUAUAAGAUCUCGAAUCCCUUCAUUACUUUUCUCAAUCUUGCAUGGGCUGAACGAUUCAACUCACCGAGUUAGGGUUUCCAAAACAUCCCAAAUUUAGAAAAAAAAAAAAAAAAGCAGCAACAAAUGGCUUCGACAAGGUCUCCGAACCGAUCCACCUCCGACAUCGUCGACACGUCGCCGUUUCUGAACAACAACACCACCUCGAGCAACUCCAGCGACGAUUCUAAUGCUAACGUUAGCCCAAACAACCCCAACACCAGCCGCCGAUUCGUGCAGCGCCAGAGCCUCCGCCAGGCCGCGCGGUUCCUCCGCCAAGCCAGCAGCCGCCGCGUGAUGCGCGAGCCGUCGAUGAUGGUUCGGGAGACAGCGGCGGAGCAGCUCGAGGAGCGCCAGAGCGACUGGGCCUACUCGAAGCCCGUGGUGAUCCUCGACGUGCUCUGGAAUCUCGCCUUUGUUGUUGUGGCUGCUACUGUCCUCUUCCUUAGCCGCUAUGAGGCCCCUAGCAUGCCCCUCAGGCUCUGGAUCCUCGGCUACGCCAUCCAGUGCCUCCUCCACAUGGCCUGCGUCUGUGUCGAGUACCGCAGGCGCCUGCGCCGGCGACGCCAGGGCCGUGAAGGCGGGGUGAAUACGCGAGACGAGUCGGGGCAGCAGUACGUGAGUUUGUCGGAGCAUUUGGAUGAGGAGGGCUCUGGUAGUGUAGCAAAACAUCUUGAAUCAGCAAAUACUAUGUUUUCAUUUAUCUGGUGGAUCAUUGGAUUCUACUGGGUAUCUGCGGGUGGUCAAGAUUUAGCACAUGACUCACCUCAGCUUUACUGGCUAUGUAUAAUCUUCCUGGGUUUUGAUGUUUUCUUUGUCGUUUUCUGUGUUGCACUGGCAUGUGUCAUUGGUAUCGCUGUUUGCUGCUGUCUUCCAUGUAUCAUAGCACUUUUAUAUGCUGUGGCGGACCAGGAAGGUGCAACAAAAGAUGACAUUGAACAGCUAUCAAAAUUCAAAUUUCGAAGGGUUGACAAUAAUGAGAAACUUUCUGGAGGGAUAAUGACUGAAUGUGGCACAGAUCCACCGAUUGAACACGUUCUUUCGGAGGACGAUGCAGAGUGUUGCAUCUGCCUUUCUGCUUAUGAUGAUGGGGUCGAGCUUAGAGAACUUCCUUGUGGUCACCAUUUUCACUGCAACUGCGUGGAUAAGUGGCUCUAUAUCAAUGCUACCUGUCCCCUCUGCAAGUACAACAUAUUGAAGAGUAGCAGCCAUGGUCACGAGGAAGUAUAGAAGACUUUCAAAAUACUGUGGAUGGCAAGCCGGCGAGCACUGUAUACAGCUAGCUCUAAUGUAUUUUUUAUGUGCAGCAUGUCAGUAGAGUAAAGACAAGCACUUUCACUGCUGUUGAUGUUGUUUGUUUUAAUGUCUGCCUUAGUUGUAGUUAUAGUGAAUUUCCCAAUUGUUGUAAUCGUGGAGGCGGCAAUAGUGCUUUGUGUGUAUCGAUGCCCUGGCAUCUAGAAAUGCUCGUCUACAAGGGCGGCUUUAAUUAUCUCAAAAGCUGUAUUUUGCCUUUUUUUCUUUCUUUUUUUUUUUUUAUUAUUUGUCCGAAGGUCUAUAGUAUCAAUUAACUAUAUAUGUUGUGAAUGGCUGUUCUAUAUGCUAGCUAUACACUGUUGAGGUGAACUACCUCUUUAAACU